UCUAUUCUCCCAACAUGUGUUGUCACUGCGAGUGAAUCCUGUUGAGUUCCGAAGCUGUUCUGGAGGGUCUGUAGCCGACUGCAAAAUGGCACCACUUUCCAAGAACCUCUGUUCUGUCUCACUUUGGAUAACAAUCUUACCCCUUUUUGGAUUUCUGUGUGAUGGUGGCAAAAUCUUGGUGGUGCCUUUGGAGGGAAGUCACUGGUUGAACAUGGACAUCCUCAUCAAGGCUUUACAUGGAAAAGGGCACAGCAUUGAUGUAAUACGUAACACCAAUAGCUGGUAUGUCAAGGAGAAAUCCGAUUAUUACAACUCCAUAACUAUACCUCAAUCCGAAGGAAUGGAUGAAGAAUUUGUAGACGACAUGAUCUCCAAAGUAAUCAACCAUGAAAGAGGAAAAGGCUCCUGGCUGAGCACUGUGAAGUUGUUUUUUGAUUCCGUUAUUGACAAUUAUAAAAUGACUAAAAUGGUAUGCGAUAUUACAACGAGCAUAUUUGAAAGUGAGGAUAUUAUGAAAACUCUACAGGAAAAGAAGUAUGAUCUGAUGCUCACUGAUCCAGUGUGGGGUAUGGGCAUUAUUCUGGCUCAUAAACUCAAGUUACCCAUGGUAUAUAAUGUGAGAUGGACUACUACUGUAGAUGGACACUUUAACAUCGCUCCUUCACCAAUGUCCUACAUCCCAAUUACAGGAUCUGGAAACACAGACAGAAUGAGCUUCUUUCAAAGAGUAAAAAAUAUCAUCUUCUAUUUCACAAAUGACAUUAAGUUCAGCCGUUUUAAUUUGCCACAGUAUCAAGCAAUUUGUGAUAAAUAUUUCGAUCCACCUGUAGAUUUUUACCAACUUCUCCAGGGGGCUGAUUUAUGGCUCAUGAGGGUUGAUUUUGUUUUUGAAUUUCCACGCCCAACAAUGCCAAAUAUCAUCUACACCGGUGGCUUUCAGUGCAGCCCAGCAAAGCCCCUUCCACAUGAUCUGGAAGACUUCAUGCAGAGUUCUGGAGAUCAUGGAGUCAUCGUCAUGUCUUUAGGGACAUUUAUUAGUGCCUUGCCAGAAGAUGUAACAGCAGAAAUAGCUGCUGCUUUUGCUCGGCUCCCUCAAAAGGUUAUUUGGAGAUACACUGGAAAGAAACCAUCUACUUUGGGCAACAACACAUUAUUGGUUGACUGGAUGCCACAGAAAGAUCUUCUAGGACAUCCAAAAACGAGAGUUUUCGUUGCGCAUGGUGGAACCAAUGGGGUUCAAGAAGCUUUAUACCAUGGUGUUCCAGUGGUUGGAAUUCCAUUCUUUUUUGACCAGUAUGACAAUCUCAUUCGAUUACAAGCAAGAGGUGGAGGAAAUAUAGUUUCCCUCGCAGAAUUAGGUGAAAACUCACUGUAUGCAGCAAUACAGGAAGUAAUCAAUGAGCCAUCCUACAGGCUAAACAUGCAGAAGCUCUCUCAUCUGCACAAAGAUAAGCUAGUCAAACCUUUAGACAGCGCCAUCUUCUGGAUUGAGUUUGUAAUGAGACACAAAGGUGCUGCUCAUCUCCGUACAGAAUCCUACAAAAUGCCUUGGUACUCCUAUCACUCAGUAGAUGUUGCAGUUACACUGCUUGCAGUUGUUUUGAUAUUCAUCCUCUCCAUGUUUUAUGUAGUUAGAUAUCUGUGCAUCAAGUGCUGCAGCAGAAAAAGGAAAACUGAAUGAGAGAUUAGCUUUAGUCCUUGCACUCAACUGCUCUGCAUAUUUGUUUAAACACUGAUUCAGACCAGUUCAGAAGAGAGCUCCAUGCGUGAACUGUGGUCCUAUUGGUAGGUUCCCUAUGCAUUGUUCAUUGCUCCCAACUACCUCUUCCUUAAUUGCUCCCUAUUUGAACAUGGUAGAGCUUUACUUCAGAGCAUUCAUUCACACUUUAAUGAGUGACGCUUACCAGAGAAGUGUGACCAUAAUAUACCUCUGUAAAACAAAUACAAUUUAAUUUGAUUAUCACAUUGUAAAAUGCCAUAAAUAAAGCACGCACUCCCUUUGAACUGGAAUCAUAGUAGAAUAUUUAUAUAAUGGUCAGAACAAAGAGAAGAGAAACAUAGAUGUGCAGAGUAUUGGGGGUUGUGAGGACUGAAAUUCUGGCCCUGUUUACACUAAUAUGUUUUAGUUUUAAAACGCAUAUGUUUUGCUAGGGUCACGCCAUCCGUCCACACUACGCCAGAGUUUUCGAGCGCCGCAAAUGGAGCGUUUUGGAAAUGCUGAAGAGGCCGUUUUCAUUCUAAAACACUGCUGCUCUGUCUCAGUGUGGAUGGGGAAAACGGAGACAUCUGAAAACGGAGGCAGGGCUGUAGACAUUCGCCUUUCUGAUUUUUCCUCAAUAUUAAGUAGCCUACACACAGUUCAGUCCUGCAUCUUCUCCUUGUAAGUUCAGACUUCGCAAGUUUGAUAUGAAAAACAAUCUCCAGAGGACACAUCGUGUAAAUCUUUAAAGGGAAACUUUAUAACCUCGUUCACUUCACCCUGGCUUUGUUGUUUCAUUUUCUUAACAAUAACAUGAAAACAUGAUAUAAGGGACUGCCUAUUUUCAUUUUGAUAUUAGCAACUUAACAGACACUAAAAAUGUUGAGGCGUUGUGUAGCUCCAUAUUUAUAUGACCAUCAUCUUCAUGCAUGUAACAAAACGAAGCCUAAAACAUAACUGCCUCCUUUCAUUUUCAUUGAAAAUAUGAAACAUACCCUGUCCCUUUCGCUGAAUAUCAGUUUUAUUCAUCAAUAAUGGCCAUUAUAAAAGUAUAACUUACAACAAGUUUAUACAAUAUAGGAAAUAAAGGCAAGCAAUCAGUCAAUAUGCAGAAUCAGUGUUCGCGGUUACAUUAAUUAAUAUAUUAACCUAACUUAUCUAACCUAACCUUGAUGAACAGUCCAACAUGCACAUCAAAUAUGGGUAGGUGUGCUCAAAGCACGCUGCAGUGCAUGCCAGAGUGUGUGUAUGUGUGUGGUCACGUGAUGUGCGUUUUCAGCGGUCUAAUGUAGACGUCUAAUGUAGAGUUGUUCAGAAACGCUGGGUGAAAAGCUAGUGUGGACGCAGAUCGUUUUCAAACUAAAACGUAUUAGUGUAAACAGGGCCUAAAAACAUGACAUUUGAUUGUUGUUCUAUGUAAUGAAAAGCAUUUCUUCAUUAAUUUAAUUAAUUUAUUACAUUGCCUGAGAAAAUGAAUGAUGUUCAUCUACUUUCUAUUUUUUAAAUCAUGUGCCACUUUAUCAAGACAGUGUUCAGAGAAUUCAACAGACAAAUUUCAACAAUUAUGUGUCACGUGAGAACACUUUCCUUUAAUUUCGUAUUGAAGCACACUUCUAAAGACAUGAUUUUAUUGUUGAUCUUGGUGCUAUGUUGUGUAAAGCAUUUUUUGUUAUUUUUCAUGCCUUACCUGAUCAUGUUUAUCAGGGAUGCAGUGAUAUGGAUUUUUGGGCCGAUAUCGAUAACCAAUAACUCAUUAGAUUUGGAGGCAGAUAACCGAUAUACAAGCCGAUAAAUAUAAACUUUUCAAAAUGUUCUAUUUGUAUACAUUGAACAACUGAUUUUAUUUUAAAAACUUCAUAAAAGUUUGAAAAGAUCUUAGAAUAGCACACUCAAAGCAAAAAAGAGCAAAUCAUUGAUUAUAAAGACCUAUGUUCACGAUUUCACAUACAUCAGCAUGCCAAAAAUAGAUUAUUUCCUUUUCUUUGCAUAGCAAAUUAACAUGUAACUUGACUGUUGCAUAAAAAUAAUAGGUUAAAUAAAACAAGAGGCAGGCAUUUCUGCACAAUGACAUAAUCUAUCGGCUUAAAAAUAUCGGCCUAAUUUUGAUAUCAGACAGAUAACGAUACCAUUAAAAAUCUGAUAAAAUUUGGAAAUAUAUCGUGCAUUCCUAAUGUUUAUAUACUUUCUGUUUAUUCUUUUAAAUCGUAUGGCCCUUUCUUGCACAUAUGUUCAGAGAAUUAAAUUCUCAAUUAUUUCUCUUGUGAUGUCACUUACCCUUAACUUCAAACUGAAUCACGCUUCUAAAGUGUGUUGUUCAGUUGACACCGGUCCAAAAUUUUGUUUUUCCACCAUAAAAUUAUCAGCUUUAGAAGCUUUUUGCUCAAUAGCCUUUAAGGCAGUAAUGUGUAAAUUUGUUCAUGGAGAACCAUUUUCCUGCACAGUUUAGCUCCAAACUUACUUAAUUAAACAUCUGAUUCAGCCAAAUUACAUUUACAUUAACACCCCAAAUGUUUAGAAAUUUUUUUUUUUUUAGCAAUUAAAUUUUUCCAAUGAUAAACAAAUAAAAUGUUUGAUCAUUAUAUGAUUGUAUUGAAUUUUGAAAAUCUGAAUGUAUAGUGUUUCAUUUGAAUGGGUUAUUGGCAAUAAAGAAAAAUAUUCAAAAAGUGUUUGAGUAACAUUGAUUAUAUUGUUAACAAUGUGAAUUGGGGCAGUAAAAUUCAACCACAACCAAUUUGAAUUUAGUCCCUGUAAUUAUUCACUUUUAAUCUGAAAUAUCAAGAUUAGUGAAAAACUUCAGGUCCAUGUUUUUAUCAAGAGUAAUACUUAACUACUGGAAGCUCAAAACUGCUGAUUUGACUUUGUUAACCUGGCAUGUAGAUGGUAACUUAUUUUACUUAUCAGUGUGCUGUUUCAUCAAGGGCCUAAGCAAUCAUUUACAGACUUUAUUAGCAGGUGAUGAGGUUUUUAUAGAGUAACCAAACCUGGAUUUUCUGUACAUAAA